CUUAACUUACCACCUUAGAUGUCAGGUCUUUUCACAAAUCAUUUAAAGUUCUCCUUAGCAGUCAUAGACUGGUCCCAUUGAACCCCACGAGGAGAGAUGGAGGCAAGAGGAGUUUCCAGCUGAUUUUCUCAGCAUCCCAUUGCCUACCUUUGAGCAAGUCCUUCUGUUCCUAAUUAGUUGCUAUCAACUGGUUGGUGGGAAGUGGAAAGGAAGAAAAAUGAAUGCUCCCAAUGCCCCCUCCCCCAGCAACACAUAACUUUUAAGAAAAAAAAAAAAGGACAGUACAUGGAUGAGGACAGUCUAAAAAUUUUAUUUUUCCAUUCUGGUUUGAAGCUUUUAUCACAGAAGCUGCCCCCAGAUCACCUUUACUGACUGCUCUACUCUGUCCCUUCUCCCAAGGUUUGCUCUACCUCUCCGCCAGCACCGCCCACGUUACCGCUUCCGGGCCGUCCCUACAGGAAAAGGGGGUUUUGUUAAAUUCGAAAACCUGCACCAGGUCCUUGCAGCGCAGAUGCAGUGAACCGAGGACUGACCUGACUCGCUGGUUCACCUCUGAGCCGGGCUCUGUUCACCCAACCUGAACGUCGGCUUCUGAGCGGAGACAGUGUCUUCCUACUGAUUCUUGUCUGACGAACAUUCAACUUCACGAAAGUUGGAUCAGGAAAGCUGGUGUUUUGAGGUGGAAGCCAGGAAGUCCUGGAUGCAAAUCCAGAUUCUGUUACUCUCCAGCAGUAUAAUCUUGGGCUAAGAGCAGGAGAGUCUUCAACACUCCAAGGAAGUCCACCCUCUUCCUUGACCCUUUUUGGGGAUCCACCAGUCCUUGUUCAGGCUGAUUCUAGCUGGCAAAAAAGCAAAACGUAAGAGGACUGAAGAGAGGAGGAAGAGAGUCCAAAGGGGAGAAAUAACCCUCCUGUACUUACUUACUCUGGGUACAGAUCACAUGGCCACUGUGAAUGCUGAUACUAAGUCUUGGUGCUAGUUAGAGGAACUGGUGAGGUCGCCGCCCAGCCCCGUGCUCCGCGUCCUCCGCGUCCUCCGCACGGCCGCGCCCGCGCCCGCGCCCUGCAGCCAUGACGACCGCCAUCUUGGAGCGCCUGAGCACGCUGUCGGUGAGCGGGCAGCAGCUGCGCCGCCUGCCCAAGCUGCUGGAGGACGGCCUUCCCAAGAUGCCCUGCACCGUCCCCGAGACCGACGUGCCGCAGCUCUUCCGGGAGCCCUACAUCCGCACCGGCUACCGCCCCACGGGCCACGAGUGGCGCUACUACUUCUUCAGCCUCUUCCAGAAGCACAAUGAGGUGGUCAACGUGUGGACGCACCUGCUGGCCGCCCUGGCCGUGCUCCUGCGGUUCUGGGCCUUCGCCGAGGCCGAGGCCCUGCCGUGGGCCGCCACGCGCUCGCUGCCGCUGCUGCUCUUCAUCCUGUCGUCCCUCACGUACCUCACGUGCAGCCUCCUGGCCCACCUGCUGCAGUCCAAGUCGGAGCUGUCGCACUACACCUUCUACUUCGUGGACUACGUGGGCGUGAGCGUCUACCAGUACGGCAGCGCGCUGGCGCACUUCUUCUACAGCUCCGACCAGGCCUGGUACGAGCUCUUCUGGCUCUUCUUCCUGCCGGCCGCCGCCUUCUGCGGCUGGUUGUCCUGCGCCGGCUGCUGCUACGCCAAAUACCGCUACCGCAGGCCUUACCCGGUCAUGAGGAAGCUGUGUCAGGUGGUGCCGGCGGGGCUGGCCUUCGUCCUGGACAUCAGCCCCGUGGCGCACCGCGUGGCCCUGUGCCACCUGGCUGGCUGCCAAGAGCAGGCGGCCUGGUACCACACCCUCCAGAUCCUCUUCUUCCUGGUCAGCGCCUACUUCUUCUCCUGCCCGGUGCCCGAGAAGUACUUCCCGGGCUCCUGUGACAUCGUGGGCCACGGGCAUCAGAUCUUCCACGCCUUUCUGUCUGUCUGUACACUCUCCCAGCUGGAGGCCAUCCUCCUGGACUACCAGGGGCGGCAGGAGAUCUUUCUGCAGCGCCACAGCCCCCUGUCUGUCUACAUGGCCUGCCUGUCUUUCUUCUUCUUGGCGGCCUGCAGCGCGGCCACUGCGGCCCUCCUGAGACACAAAGUCAAGGCCAGACUGACCAAGAAAGAUUCCUGAGGCUGGCAGGUGGGGUGAGGCGUGGAGGCAGCCUGUGGAGAUUCUGGAGGGGCGGGGGGGAUGGGGAACUCAGUACAGCAGUAGGAGUUGACUUUUUGUUUUUACGAGUCGCUUUUAAAUUAACACACAUUUCCAAGGGUGUGCUGCGGCAUUGGAAAGCCAAAGGAUUCAAGAACUUCGUUGUUAACGGUUGUUGCUAACAAAAGGAGUAUUACUUUUCCCUCCGUGUCAUAGCCUUACAAGAUACAGGAAAGGAAGGGACGUGGGCUGGGAUUCAUGGGACACUGAAUUAAGGACGAUCAUUCUGCCUGAAAUUUUAGUGGAAUUCUGACUGUGGCCUCCAGGGGGGCAAGUCCUGGAGCUAAAGGGAUGAUAGAGUUGGACUGGAAAGUAAGUGCGUGGCUGGUCCACACCGAAUUGGAAUGGCCACUGUACUAUGUUGGUCUUUGGUGAUUGAUUGAGUAAGCUGUCCCAAGAACUUGAUUUCAUUUGGCUUUCAGAUUGUCCAGGGUGGAGAAGUCAGAAUCUUCAAGAUGAUUCAGUGAAACCCUUAGACAAUGAAUUAUUCGCUUCGUCUGAUUUCUGGUCCCUCCUCUCUCGCCCUCUCUGACACUGACCCUUUUCUCAGGAUGACUUCUGCCUGGCUGUUUUUUCUACAGUGCACUCACUCCCAUCUGUACCUUGCAUGGUAAUAUAGAGGACUAUGAAGCAGUCCUAUUUCCAGGAAAUGCUUGGAUCCAUGUGGACAUUUUCAGGAAGCUUAUUCUCCUAUGAUACCAAACGGUACUAGAAAGUACAGUGCCAAGAGCCAUCAGGAUGCCCAGCCAACAACCAUGGAUAAUGUUUUGUGUCACCAGACCCUUCUGUUUUAUUAUACCUGUGGACUGCAGUACUUGAGAUCUAUUAGGGCUGCCUUGCAGGCCAGAAAAUCUGGGGCUUGCACUAGGCAAUCUUCUCCAGAUUUGAACCAGUAUGCAGUAUGUUUCUAAAAGACCAAAAAAAAAAAAAAAAAAAAAAACCCCAAAACCCUAAUAGAGUGAAUUGGUUCUGGUCCUUCUAGGGAUCUGAUUAUUUCAAGAGGAACCCAGGGUCCAACCCCUUGACUAGAUGCUACCACGUAAAGGACCCACGUAACUAUCCUAGUUCAGGGUCCUCAGGCAGGAGGUUAUGCUUCAACUUAGAGAUAACUCCUUAAUCAAGCCCCAGGACAGAUGAGCAUAUGUGCUCACUAUGGGUUGGUCCCUGAAGGCUCCUUUGGGUAAGAAUGGUGAACAAGGUGCCCUGUAGCUAGGAUUUUCUGUUGCCCCGUAGCUUCUAUGGGAUAAGUGGUACUAGUGAUUGAUGUGCUCUGGUCACAUAGCCCUCUCUGAGGACUGAUUUAUAUACUUAUUAUUCCAGUGAAGGGGGGUGUGUUGACAGAGGAGCCAUAGGAGUCUUCUCAGAGGCUGUUUCCUAUCAGUAUAAGGUCCCUUUUACUACAAAGGGAGGUACUUUGUUUUCACUCCAGUUUGAUGAAACUAUUAAUAGGUUAUUUUGUUAUCUUCAGGUCUUUGUUUUCUUCCUUUCUCAGAGAUUUGUGGAUUUAUGCCUUAUAAAUGGAAACAUAUGAACACCUUUAUAUAUAUAUAUAUAUAUAUAUAUAUAAAAUAUGGAGUUUUCAGUUUUGGGUUAUUGGGAUAAGAAAAAAAAGAAUUCAUUGAUUUGAACCAGUGGGUGAAAGAAAUGUCAGAAAACCAAAAUUACUUAUCUAUCAAAAGACACUGUCAACAAAAAAGAAAGAAAAGAUACUAUCGAUCUGCAUCUUGGCAAAACAAAUUUAAAAAAAUAUACAACCUCAACUGAAGCUUUCCUAUAAUCUUCGUAUCAAGAAAGUAUAUGUCUUGUCUGCUAUGUGGAUUUCCUAGAUGGAUUUCCCUAUUAAUAUUUAAAUAUCUGAAAUUCUGUGCUACCCAGGUGUCUUACUUACAUAAGCCUCUGGUGUCUAGGCCAAAUUCAUCACAAAUAAAGUUGGCAAAACUGAAGACAGUUGAACUAAACAAGGGAAUUGGAGUUGUACAAACACAUCACAAGAAGAGGGUCACUUUAAAAUGAAGACUAGAAAAUGUCUGAAAUGUUCCUUUUUAUGGAUUCAAAGGCCUUAUUCUUCUAAAAGUUGGGAGGAAGGUGUAAGUCAGGCUCUUGAAUAUAGUGAUGGUCCUGAUGGACAGAGAUUUUCCGGUCAUAUGCAGGUAUUUUUUUAGAAAAUAGGAAAUAGGACAGCAACAUUGAUCUUCACAUGCAGUCGACAGACUAAGGCCAGUUGACACACUCUAAACAGUCUGUGACAAGUUCAGAUAGACUACACUCUAAGAUAUUGCCAUGAAAUUAUCACUUUAAUAUACACAGGUAUUGGUCCUUCAAGUGAUAGGAAGUUUUUUAAAAAUCAAGUUUUUCACCAGAGCUAUUUGACAGCUUUGGGGACUAGGUAUCUCAUUAAAAUACCAGUAUCUUAAAAAAAACCAAACAGACAAAUAAAUAGAAUAAUCAGUGUCUUGUUAGAAAUAUAUAAACAUAGAAAAUGCAAAUGUUUUAAACUCCUCACACUUUUGAGUGAUUAAGUUCCCUUUUAGAACAUUUUCAUUAAAAUGAGUGUAUCAGCAAGGAACAGGCCUAGUUUAUUUAAAAUAAUUAAGUAUUUGCUAUAGGAGGUGAUUGUUUUGCUCCACCAUAGCCUCCCCAACAGGUGACAUCUGGAGAUUCUCCCCAUUAUCUCUCUAUAUUAAAAUGUAAAUGCCUCUGGAAAACCUAAACUAUGAGUCAUUUAUAUCUUGUGAUUAAAAAUUCUGAUGGAUUUGUAUGAGGCCCUACUCAGGGCAAGGAGAUGGGGCAUCAGGAUACAGCGGGUUGGGACUCAUUUACCAAUUUCCCUCUUGCCUAUUACUUCUGACUUAUAUUUACUAAUGAGCUAACGUCAGUACUCCUCAGAUGUUAAAAUUUCAUUUCCCAUCUCUGCUAAAAGCACUUCACUCAGUCACAAUAUUCUCAGUCCUCUCGUGGAAGCUUGAAAUAAUAGGAGUUCAGGUUGUGGCAUAAAGGUAGCUCAUUCCUAACUCCUAUCCACAAAUGGUACCUUAAUACUUCACAGGUUCUUCAGAUGCUGCACUGUAGUUUCAAGUGGAUCCUCCAGAUGGCGCUCAUGUCUUACUCAGCGUGGCCAUUGUAUCCAAGUCUUUGAGCUAUUAAUUGUAUUGGUCCUAGUGUUUUGCUUGAUUGCUUCUUAAAGAAAAAAUGGAACUGUUUUCUGUUUAUAUAAAUCUACUAACAUGAAUGACCAUUAAACAGAUUUUGUAUAUAUGGA